UCGACUUUCGUCAACAAGCCGGCAUUAAAAGCCGUUCGUUGUCAAAUCCAGUUUGAAAGCGGAGUUUCGUUAUCAGAGUCCAACUCGACGUCAAGCACGCGUUCUGUCACAUUUUUCCCACAUACAAACAAAACAUCGAUCGUGUUUGGAUAUCUAUUUGUGAUUAAGUUUACUCAAAGUGCUUUAAAUUAAAUCUCAGCAUUCAUCUGCUUUAAAAUGAGCGACGACGAGGUAAAUGACUUGGAGGCCAUACGAGCUAGGAAUAUUGCUGAAAGAAAUGCAUUCUUCCGAGAAAUGUUAUCCUCUAUCAACGAGGAUAAGGCUGAAAUCAAUAGACUUGAAAACGCUCGACGCAGUCUUUAUGAAAAAGAAAAACCACCACAACCGGCACGCCGACGACGAGCAAGCACCAGCAGCCUAAGGUCUGGGUCACCUAAUAAUUCAUUUAGGGGUGUACGUUUACAAAUUCAAAAAACCUACAAUACUAGAAGCCAGAAACGGAAAAAAGAGGAUGCAGUCACCUAUAAUAAUCCAAAGGAUAUUGAAGAUAUGCUGGAAGGUAAGGAGAUUGUAUUCAAACGAAAAAAGCGCAAUUUGCUAGUUAUGUUUUCCUGGAGCCGACCUAUGCAAAGAGACAUAGAUCUCAUGUUCAUACCCAGCGAUUCAGAAAGUAGCGAGGAUGACGACGACGACGAUGAUGAUAGUGAUGGUAAUUCAUAUAAUUUUGUAGACAGCGAUGAUGAAGAUAAAUAUCGUCCCAAAAAGAAAAAAGUAUGUAAUUGGACUAAAGCACCUUACGAUCCUUCCACAAUACCGUCACCAGAUGAAAUCACCCAAAGUAUGUUGAAAAAUAUUGCUCAGAAAGCAAGUGGAAAGGUCUACGAUGCACACAAUGGAACUAGUUGCCAUCAGUGUCGACAAAAAACCAAAGAUACCAAAACUGUGUGUAGAUCUGGUCGAUGUGUUGGAGUACGAGGACAGUUUUGUGGACCCUGCUUGAAUGGGCGAUAUGGAGAAUCCGCUUACGAUGCCCUUUUAAAUCCUACUUGGGAGUGUCCACCAUGCCGGAGAUUGUGCAAUUGCAGCAUUUGCAGAACAAGAAAUGGUCAACGGCCCACAGGAAUUUUAGCCCCAACCGCCUUAUCGGAAGGAUAUAAUUCUGUAAAAGAUUAUUUACAAGCUGUUUACUCUGAUGAAGAACCUGUAGAAGAAGAAGAGAAGGAGGAGGAGGAUGAUGAUGAUGAUGAUGAUGAUGAUGAUGAUGAUCCAAACGAAGAUGGAAGUGAUAAUUAAAUAAUUAUUACAUAUGUUGACAUUAAUUUCUGAUUCCAUGGGACAUAAUUUUCUAUUUAGAAAAUUUAAUUGUCAUUAUGACACAAAAUGAAAUGUAUUUAUUA